CGCAUCCAAUGCUUGACACUCUCCGUGACAGUAGAAAUAGUGACUACGCAUAUAUUCACCAACGGUUGCUCUCAUUGAAGGUUUUCGAAGAAGUCAGUGGAUCAAUUCCAUCUCGGCGCAAGCAGUCGCUAUUACUCUCUCAAUGUUCGCACGAACCGUCAUACGAACGGCUACCAAGCCAUCAACAGCCUCAAGAUCAUUACGAGCCGCCUACGCCACCGCAGCAACAUCCGACCCGCAACACUUCUCCGCCUCCGCCGUCGACUCGAUGAAUCCCCGCGGGGUGGAGAUUGCGAGAGCACAGCGCAUAGCCGAUCAAGGCUUCAUAUCCGCCAUCGGCAACACCCCGCUCAUCCGCCUGAAGAAGCUCUCCGAACAAACCGGCUGCGAGGUGCUCGGUAAAGCCGAAUUCCAAAACCCUGGUGGUAGCGUCAAAGACCGCGCCGCCCUCUACGUAAUUCAAGAUGCUGAGGAAAAGGGCCUGCUCAGACCCGGCGGAACGGUGGUCGAAGGAACGGCGGGCAACACCGGCAUCGGCCUCGCCCACGUCUGCCGAAGCAAAGGCUACAAACUGGUAAUCUACAUGCCCAACACGCAAUCCCAAGGCAAAAUCGACCUCCUCCGUCUGUUAGGCGCGGAAGUCUACCCCGUCCCAGCAGUAGCGUACGAGAACCCGGAAAACUACAACCACCAAGCGAAACGCUACGCGGAAGAGCGGGAAAACUGCGUGUGGACGAACCAAUUCGACAACGUCGCCAACAGACAAGCGCACAUUGAGACGACGGGGCCGGAAAUCUGGAACCAAACGGAGGGGAAAAUCGACGCGUUCACCUGCGCUUCGGGGACAGCGGGGACGAUAGCGGGCGUGACGCGGUACCUGAAAACCAUUUCUGAAGGUCGGGUACAAUGUUACGUCGCCGAUCCGCCGGGGAGUGUAAUAUACACCUACGUCUCCUCCGGCGGACAGAUGACGGAGCGGAAGGGGUCGUCGAUAACGGAGGGGAUAGGGCAAGGGCGGAUCACGGAUAAUUUGAAACCCGACAUUGAUCUGCUGGACGGCGCGCUGCACAUCUCCGAUGAUAAGAGUAUAGAAAUGGUGUACCGAUGCUUGGAUGAAGAAGGAUUGUACUUGGGCGCGUCGAGUUGUCUGAACGUGGCGGCGGCGAGGGAUUUGGCGGUGAAGUUGGGCCCGGGGAAGACGGUGGUGACGAUUCUGUGCGAUGGGGCGUAUCGGUAUGCCGAUCGCUUGUUUAGUAAGAAGUGGUUGCAUACCAAAGGGUUGUGGGAGGCGGUGCCCGAACAUUUGAGAAAGUAUGCUGUGCUUGAUUGAUUGGAUGUAGAUGGUGUAUAGUAAAGCUGGCAGGCACAGUUUCCGCCGACAGUGCUGUGCAAUGCCAUGUGAUAUACGUACGACGUC